ACCCGCUUUUCACCGUUGUCGUUUGAAAUUCGGCCCAAGAUGGCGGCGGCGGCGGCUGGGAGCGGGGCUGAGGCGGCGGCGGCUGCGGCGGCCAGGCUGAAGGGGGCGGAGGAAGAGGAGGAGACGGCGGCGGCGGCUGCGGCGGAGGAGGACGAGGAGGACAAGGAGCGAGACCGCAGCCGGGCUGGCAAGGCAGUGGGUGCGGCGGCAGCGGCGGGUGGGGAGAGCGAGGAAGAAGAGGAGGACGAGGACGGAGAGGACGUGGAUGUGUUCGAGGUGGAGAAGAUCCUAGACGUGAAGACCGAAGGGGGCAAAAUUCUCUACAAAGUACGGUGGAAAGGAUAUACCUCUGAUGAUGAUACCUGGGAACCAGAGGUUCAUUUGGAAGACUGCAAGGAAGUGCUGCUUGAAUUCAGAAAAAAAAUUGUGGACAAUAAGCCUAAACUUGUUAAAAAAGACAUACAGAAACUAUCUCUAAAUGAUGACGUAUUUGAAGCAGACUCUGACAGUGACUGGCAAGGUGAAACAAAAGGUGAUGUUUCACCAAAGAAGAAAAAGAAGAAGUCAAAAGAUGGAGAGGAUCGGAGUUCAGGUGACCUGAAGAAGAAAAUGUCUAAGUCUGCAAAACUCAAAGAAAAACCCAGAACAGAAUGUGAAAACUCCUCAGAUACUUUGGUUUUAGAUUCAAAACCAAAAAAAAGGACUUCAGAAACCAAGGAGGAUUCAAAGGACCCAAAGAAACAAAGGAAGGAAGAUACUAAAGAAGUCAAGAAAAAGAAGGGAGACGUUAAAGAUUUAAAGAUAAACUCUAAAGAAGAUUUUAAAGAAAAUAAAAAGUCACAGAAGGAGAAGGAUGGAGAUGUUCAGUUUGGCUCAGAGUCAGGUGUUCUAGAUGAUGUAUUUUCUCAAGGAACUGAUAAUGAAAAUUCAGGCUUAAAUUCUGAAAAUAAAGAUGAGAAGCAAAAAGUUGUAAGUGGAGAAGAGAGAUCAGAACAAGAAACUGCUGAAAAGGAUUCCAUUGUUGAUACGUAUCUUGAUGGAUCGGCCAGUAAUGAAGAUGAUAGUAUUGAUGAUAAGGUUAAAAUUAAAAAGAAAGUAAUUCUGAAAGCUGAAGAUUAUAAAGAGGAAGGUAAAAAAGUGGAAACUCAGGAUACCUAUUUAGAGAACAAAAACAUGCAUAAAAAGCAAAAAGGUCAAGAAAAAGUAAAAAUAGUAUCAGAGGAGUUGGAGAAAGUAUCACCUGCUCCUUCACCAGUGCAGAAGGUUUUAAAAUUGAGCUCUGACGAAAGGGGAUGCAAGUCCACUGAUUCAGCUGUGGAGGAGAAAGAAGUAAAGAAAACUGAAACAAAAGAAAAACCUCAAAAAGAGCCCGAAAAAGAAGAAAAGAGCAGAAAAGAACAAAAGGGCCUAAAAACUGCAGAAGAAAAAAGUGAAUAUUCUGAGAAUAACUGCAAAAGAGAAGAAUCUUCACUAGAAUAUAAACUCAUAGAAGAAUUAAAAUCAAAAGACAGCAAGGUGUACAAGGAAAGCAGGAACGUAAGAGAUGAAACAGACACAUGGACUUACAUUGCUGCAGGCGGUGAUCGAGAAGUAGUGGAUGUGUGUCGAAUGGAGAACUCUGAUGGCAAGCAACAAGUCUUGAGUUUGGGUAUGGACAUGCAGUUAGAAUGGCUGACACUAGAAGACUUUCAAAAGCAUCUUGAUGGAGAAGAUGAGAAUCGUUUGUCAACAAAACCGAUAUCAAAUACUCUCCUGAGGGAUGCUGUUAAAAGUGGAGAUUAUAUGACAGUAAAGAUGGCACUUUCCUCAAAUGAGGAAUAUAAUCUGGAUCAAGAGGACCCAAGUGGAAUGACCCUGGUAAUGCUUGCUGCUGCUGGUGGGCAUGAUGACCUUCUCCGGGUCCUAAUCAGGAAAGGAGCUAAAGUUAAUGGGAGACAGAAAAAUGGAACAACCGCAUUGAUACAUGCGGCUGAAAAGAAUUAUCUAACAACAGUAGCUAUUCUACUGGAAGCUGGGGCGUUUGUGAACAUGAAGCAGAGCAGUGGUGAAACUGCUUUAAUGAAGGCUUGUAAAAGAGGAAAUUCAGACAUAGUGCGGCUUAUGAUUGAAAGCGGAGCGGACUGUAACAUUUUGUCAAAACACCAGAACAGUGCGCUGCAUUUUGCUAAACAGUGCAAUAACCUACUGGUGUAUGAGCAGCUCAAGAGUCAUUUGGAAACGCUCUCAAGAGUAGCAGAGGACACCAUCAGGGAUUAUUUUGAAGCUCGUCUUGUUUUACUGGAGCCAGUCUUCCCAAUUGCGUGUCAUCGACUGUGUGAAGGGCCAGACUUCUCUACAGAUUUUAACUACAAACCCCCACAGAAUGUGCCAGAAGGAUCUGGAAUUCUUCUCUUUGUUUUCCAUUCAAAUUUCUUUGGUAAAGAAGUCGUUGCUCGGCUCUGCGGACCAUGCAGUGUACAAGCUGUGGUUUUAAAUGACAAAUUCCAGCUCCCUGUUUUUUUGGACAGUCACUUUAUUUAUUCCUUCAGCCCCACUGCAGGCCUUAACAAGCUUUUUAUACGGUUGGCAGACGCUCCUACUGCUAAGGUAAAGCUGCUGAUUGGAGCGUACAGAGUGCAGCUGCAGUGACCUCACAGCUGUGAGCAUGUCGAGUGGACGGACGUUGUUUUGGAUGUACUUCUGAUGUCUCUGUUUAGAGACUGACAGAGCAGUUUGGAACUUUUUGGUACCAUGCUCCUAAGACUGUGUUCCCAUCUCGCUGUCCCUUGCUGGCAGCCAUGUAGGAAAGUGUGCGUUGGAGAGAAGCUGAAUCUGAGGCACUGGUGGGACAGGGCUGUCGGCUUUUUUUACUUUGUACAGAUGUAGAUGUAAGUAUUUGUGCCAAUACAUGGAAUUCUGGUUUUCUUUAACCUGCUGAGUCCAGACUCUGUAUUUCAGCUUUUCCACAAUGUGGAAUGGUACAUAUAAGAACUAUUUAAGGUGAACUAUGUGAAAUGUCUUUUUUAAUAGAUUUUUUCCAUUUGUAAACUAAAGUUUUCUACUUACUCUCACAUUUCUAUGUACAAUGCAGAACUGCCAUAGUUUUUGAUCCGUGGGCAGAACUUACACUUUUAAGUUGUUGUGUUACAUUUAACUUUGAAUUGCGGAGGGCUGAUUUGGAACUGUUCCUGCUACUACCAAGAAAGCAGUUCCGCCUGGAGUGAUUCCCUCUGAACACAGUGAGAUCUGCAGGCACCAGCAGUGGCACUGGGAUAGUCCCAGCCACAGGAGGAGCACAGCUGGAUUCCUACUUACACCAGUGUUUAAAAACUACUUUUGUGUUAAGAGAAGCAACUGGUACUUUUGACUUUGACAUUCUUGGAUGUAUGGAAAAAUAAAUACAAGGUAAAAAUAGCAAACUAGAGAACUUGUAACUCCCUUCAGUGUGCAGGCAGUGCUUGAUGUAGGCUGAGAAGAUACAUCGACAAUCUCAGAUGUUCUCAGCUUGCCAGAUGAGAAAAUGUAUUAUCCUUUAAAGCAGGAAUCCAGUUCCUCAGUGCAAAGAGCUGCUUUUUAAGUAUAUUAUUACUAUUUAAAUGACAGCAGUUCUGUACCGGUCCUGUGCUGUAAAAUACAAAUGUAAUACUUCUGCAUGAAGUAUAGAAUAUUUUUCUUUGUAAAUUAACCAACAUCUUGAAAAGUAUAACAGAAAAAAAUAAAACCAGAUUGUGCCUUUGCUGUUCUGGUUGCCAUGUGUAGUUUACAUACCACUAUGUGACUAUAAUAUUGGAGAAACCCCUGCAGAUAAACUCUUGAUGUAUUUGAGUGCUUGCCAUCAAAAUGGUGCCGAUGUAUUAAGUAUUCAUUUAAAAAACGUGAUUUUUUUAAUACAAAGCUUAGUUAACCAGUUUUCCAUUUUAGGUUCUUAAAACCUUUUUUUUAUACUUAAGAGAUGCCAAGUGAGCGGGUACCAAAGCGCAUUGCUUCAGUUCUGUGGAGUAUUGCAUUGAGCUAUAAAAAGCGAGAACAGCAGCACAACCUACAACCACCUGCGUUGUUCUGGUUUAGAAUGGUUGCGUGUCUUUUGUGGUGAUGGGACAGAACUAAGUCUGAGGUUUAACAGAGUUGGUACCUCCACUUCUGAAAUACCUGACACCUCAUUUUGUGCAGUGUGAAAAGCACAGGCUGAGGCUUGGGGCUGACCCUGCCACCACUUGGGACUACUCAUGGCUCUGGGUCUUUUUAGUUGCUGCAUGUAUCCCUGGAUGAUGAACAUGGAGAGGGGACAUGCAUGAGUGUUCCCUUACGCUGGGGUGAUAGUGCCCAUGUGUAUGGCUCCCCCUUCCACAGUCACUCCUUGGUGUACAUGUAAGGGGAGUUGGCAUGUGUGUGACCACUGUGGUAAAUGUUGGAUCUGUUCAAGGCAGGGACAAAAAGUUUAGGAACUGAUGUCCACCUUACAUAAAUGCUGUCUAAAAAUAGUCAUGGUCCAGGAGCUGACAUAGCAAUUAGCUUGUCAACAGCUGAUAGGGAGUUUGUUUGGCUGGGGAUUUUGAUGUUUUUCUUGAGGCAUUUGAGAGAGAGGGAGUAGUUCUACAGGACAUGGAAAUAAAAUUUGGGUUCAUAAUACUUUUAUUAAGGGAUGGAUUUUGCAGCCAUCUUCCUCUUGUAGUUGGCAAUAUAAACCCCAUAUCACUGCUGAAGAUGCAUAAAAGGUGUAUGAAAA